AUGGCCAACUACAAGGAGAAAAAGGAGGAGGCAUUGGCAUCAGAGCAGUACGAGUAUGUCAAGCUCCCGAAUGGAGCCGAUGGCUGUCCUUCCGGGUCGGAGAUCCCGACUUUCGAGGAGUGUCGGCAAGCCAUCCUAUCCAUGGGCUUGAAGCCCGACCCCUACUGGACGAACGCCUUCGAGGGUCUACCGAAGUUCUGCUCUGUGAGAGAAAGCCCGCAUGAAACCGUGGGCCUGGAGCGCAUGCACUUCAACACGGCUGGACGCGGUGCUGGACGAGACGACCUUGCACCAGUUUGCAGGAAGAUCGGCACAGCGGCCGGAGGACAAGCGGGUAAGCCGAAGGAAGCACCGUCUCCGACAAAGGGCUCGCAAGGUGCCUCGUCGGCCCUACAGGAGCUCAGCGGCCGAACGCAGCAGAGUUUCCUUGGCCGAGACAAGCCAUUAUGGUUUCUGGUGUACAUGAAAGAGGGGCCCCUUACAGAAGUGGAGGAAGAGAUGCUCCUGAAUGUGAAAGAUCGCUUCCAGCAGAAGCUCGACGAGCAAAGAAUUCCUCUGCAGUGGCUUUGGUUGGAUUUGCGUGCGGAGCGGGCCGUGCGAUCUUUGCUGGACCCACCGGCAAUCCCGUCUGCGAUGGUGAUCAAAGGUGGCAACAGCCCGAAGUAUGCUUUAGUCCAGCACGACGAGCAGGAUGACGAGCCUGUGCCAGCAGACGCCAACAGCAUAGAGCUGUUGCUCAACUCACUCUUGGGUGGGGAUGCGCGGUGCCUCGGCUGGCAAGAUGUCCAUGCCGAAGGACACCAAACAGCCUUUCGCAUGCCUUGUGCAUGCGUCGAAGUGGUGUUCCGUCAAGCCCUGAUACUCUUACAACGACGGCGCAGGUGUGUUGAUGUGGCGGGUUCUGCUGCAGCUGCAAGGUGGUAG